CUUCUCAAUGGCUUUCCCUCCAAGAUUGUAUUGUUUUCAUUUCGCCCCGAAAUUCAAAACUUUCAUGACACAUAUUAUAUUCUUAUGUAAUACCAACCAUAUUCUCAUAUCUUUUCAUCAAUUCAUAAGCUUUUCCCACUACCCAUUUUUUCCACUAUGGCAUUCUCAUCAUCUGCCAGAAAUCCAAUUGACCCGAGAACUGGAUCCAAGAAUAGUAUUCAUCCGGGCGGUGAAAUCCAUGUUAUUAUUGGUCCUAUGUUUGCUGGAAAAACCACUGCUCUUCUUCGCCGCGUAAAUUUGGAAUCCAACGAUGGGAGAAAUGUGGUGAUGAUAAAGUCAAGUAAAGAUACAAGAUAUGCUGUAGACGCAGUGGUGACACAUGAUGGGACAAAAUUCCCAUGUUGGUCAUUGCCGGAUCUUUCAUCUUUCAAACAGAGAUUUGGAGCAGAUGCAUAUGAAAAGGUUGAUGUGAUCGGCAUUGAUGAAGCUCAGUUCUUUGAGGACCUUUAUGAGUUCUGCUGCAAUUCUGCUGAUCUUGAUGGGAAGACUGUAAUUGUUGCAGGCCUAGAUGGUGAUUACCUGAGGAAAAGUUUUGGUUCAGUGCUCGACAUAAUUCCACUUGCUGAUACUGUGACUAAGUUGACUGCUAGAUGUGAAGUGUGUAACAGAAGGGCAUUUUUCACCUUUAGAAAGACUAGUGAGACAGAAACUGAGCUUAUAGGAGGUGCUAAUGUGUACAUGCCUGUUUGCCGUCAGCACUAUGUUAACGGACAAUCUGUCAAUGAAUCUGUAAAAAAUGUUCUUGAAUCUCAUAAAGUACCUAGUGUUGCUCCAUAACUCUUUUAUAUUAUCAAAUAUGCUUGUUAUAUCGGUCUUAGGAUCAUGUAUCUUAAUUAUGUAAGUAAAUGAAUUAUAACCUAUCAUCCUAAGAGAUAUACACGAAAAUGAUGACUUAAUCUUGUUUGAUGUUGAAUGAAUUUGUAGUUCCUUU